ACCAAACUCAGUUUAACAUUGGAUUUUCAUUGUUUACGAACUGGGUUUUUCUUUAGCUUUCAAAAGUUUCAGCUUGGCAGCCAAUGGUUUUGCAUUAGUCCCUCUCUUUUUCUUUUUUUUAAAGAAUUGGGGUUCCAAGAAAAUUAUUCAAAGGAACCAGUUAUUUAUUUAAGAUCUGACACUUGGAUAUAAGGAAAAUUUAGAUAUUGAGAAAUUGAAAGGGUUAUUUGAAUUGCAGUCAUGUUCUAUGGGGCGAUGGUAUGGGAUCCUUGGCUUAUUGUAGCCCAAAUUGUUUGCCUUCAAUGCUUAUACUACCUGACGCUUGGAGUCUUCUUGUCCUUUCUUGUUGGUACUCAUGUUUCUCGUAUGAGCUUGGUCUAUUUCUUUGACUUUGCUACUCUUACAUCCUCAACCCUUGUCGGCUGGUGUGUCAUUGUUUCGUUUCUGUUCAGCGCUGUUGCAGGAGCCGGCUACAUGAUUUAUUUGAUUGAAAGGGCAAAGAAGUGCUUAGAUUUUUCGGCCACCCUCUAUAUUAUCCAUCUUUUUAUAUGCCUUGUAUAUGGAGGUUGGCCUUCCUCUGUUACCUGGUGGGUUGUAAAUGGUACUGGAGUUGCAGUGAUGGCUUUGUUAGGUGAAUAUUUAUGCAUUAAAUGGGAACUGAGAGAGAUUCCCACUCGAUACAGAUCAAAUAUUUGACUGACGAAGAAUCACAUGUGAAGAAAUUCCUCGCAGCAUUAAAAUUCAUGGUAUUUCUUCACUUCUUUGGAAGAGCUGAAGGAUAUAGUUCUCUUGAUAUGAAAUCUAAUCUGCAAUGAGAAA